UACUCAUCACUUGCAUGUAAAGUUAUCGUAAUAUUCACGCAAGAGUGAAUUUGUGGUUUGAAAAAGUUAUGGCUUUGAGCCUAUUAGAAUAAAAUAUUUGGCAUAAAAGUUGCAAAUUGUCUCAAGUAGCAAGAAAGGGAGAAUAUUUGAAUAUUUCUCUGAUUAAAAGAGUGUUCAAACAAUGGAAACCAUUAGUUUAGGAGCCGAUGUCCCGAACUCUGACCGCAUUUGCCGAGUUUGCUUGCAAGGAAAUGUUGAAUUGUUUUCUAUCUUCCAAGAAACUCAUAUCAAUGGGGUAACUGUAGCACAUAUCUUAUCAGAAUGCACGAGAUAUCCUGUAAUAGCAGCCGAUCUUAAAUUACCGCAACAAAUCUGCACUUGUUGUAUUGGAAACGCCCGUGUUGCCUAUGAAUUCAAACAUCGUGUAGAACAGUCUUACAAUUCAUUAAUGGGGUGGGCAGAAGAGAAAUUUCUGUGUAAUACAAAAGCUGAGCCGCCAGUCGUCACUCCCAGUGAGCGAAGGGAAUAUGGUACACAGACUGAUAUACUCAGUUUACAUCCAUGUGAAAUGUGCGAAAUGAAGUUUUUCGAUUUAUUGGAGCUCCGGCAGCACCGCAAGCAAAUUCAUCAUAAUAGUAAUUUGCAGUGUCGAAUCUGUGGUAUACGCUUCGAACGCAUGAGGCAAUUGCGAAGCCAUUUGGUCCACAAACACCCAAGUGUUGGUAUUGCAUUGGAUAUUCAGUGCACAAUAUGCCGCAGACGCUUUUCACGCAGGGAACAUUUAAAUCGUCACAUGCGUAACGUACACCAUCAACCCGAGGCGACAAGCACUAGGGUCUCUCUCAAGGAACCAGAAAUCGAGCUUACAAGCCAUUUAGUCAAAAAAGGGCAGCAAUCUACAAAAGAAAAUGAGGCGAAAAUGGACGUGCCAGGAAUUGACUUAAAGUCGGAGAAGAAAUUGAGUGCUGUAGACAACGACAGCUUUCUAGGACCUUCUCAUUUUCUUGAAUGUGGGCAGGAUAUGGCUGGGGAGGUUGAAAGCGACGUUAACAUGGAUACUAAUCCUAUUUCGAGCGAUGAUGAAGCCUACAAUGGAAUGGAAAUUCCGGAUGACAUAUUACCUAAGUUAAAAUUAGAGCACGAGCCUGAUAUUAAGGUUAAGUGCGAAGUCGACGUUUCUGUGGAUGGUUUCGAUAUAACAAUCAUGUCGCCCGAUUGGGAGCAAAGUAAAUCGCCAGCUUCUAAUAAUGUCAUUAAAGAAGAACGUGAAUUGUUGGUUCCUUUGAGCAUACAAAAGUCAUCUGCCUUUAAGGGGAAAUCGUUCACAAAUGGAAGGGAGGAGGAGGAAGACGCUGCAGAACGUCGGCGUAUUACCGAAGUUGUUGAUGAGUUUCUCGCCCAGAAUUCUGCAGUUGAUGAAACAGCUAAUGCAGAAAACCGUUGCACAAAGUGUCAACGAACUUUUUCAAGACAUUGUCAUCUACGGCGUCACAUGUUGACACAUGUUGAGGAAAAGGGACAUGCAUGCACGUACUGCCCGAAACGUUUUGCACGAAGUGAUCAUUUAAAAAAACACAUUAUGAACUUGCAUCAAACGAAGGAAUUCAAAUGUGAUCAAUGUAGUAGUGCAUUCGCGCGUUUAGUAGAAUUAACAAAACACAAAGGCUCUCGACAUGGAAGCGAUCCCCAAGCCCAUAAGGUGCACGAUUGCGAGUAUUGUUGCAAAAAGUUCACAAGUCGAACAUAUCUCCGCAAACAUGUUUUAAUGCAUACUGAUCGUAUUUUCGCCUGCAAGUUUUGCGAUGAUACAUUUAAAGAGCGGAAAGCUCUUCGUGAACAUGAGAAGGGUCAUCACAGUGACCGAAGGAAUUUCCUAUGUUCAGUUUGCGGAGAAAGUUUCGUAAGAAACGAUUAUCUACGUGUCCAUAUGCGUCGUCAUAAUGGCGAAAAGCCAUACAAAUGCCAAUAUUGUGGAAAAGGCUUUCCACGCGCAACUGAUGUUAAAAUACAUGAAAGGUAUCACACAGGCACUAAACCUAACUUGUGCAAUCUAUGUGGCAAGGGUUUCCAUCGCGCCUAUAACCUCACCAUUCAUAUGCGCACUCAUACCGGCGAGCGACCUUUUAAAUGUGAAGAGUGCGGCCGAGGAUUUGCCCAAAGCAACGAUUUGAAAGCUCAUAUUCGGCGGCACACUGGUGAACGUUUCAAAUGUUCUGAAUGUGAUGCCGGUUUUUUGCAAAUGUAUGCACUGCGACAACAUGCACAGGCGAUACAUGGAAUACAUAUGGAGCCGGCAACAGGGCGUUUACAAAGAUUUGCCCCUUCUGAAACUGCUGUAGCGGUUGGAGAAACACUUCAACCAACAAACAAUAUACAUCAGCCUUUGGCAGAACAUAUGCAAUUGAUGCAGCAGCAACAUCAACCACAGAAUUUUUCAGAACCACAAAUUUCUAAUAGUACACUAAUGCCGCCGCCACCUUCGUCAGUGUAAAACUAAUUAUUAGACUAUGCUUUGUCGCAAUUCAUGGUUCAUUGGCAUAUAUGUACAUAGUAUUUACUUGUGUGUUUUACGUAUUUUCCCUUACGCAUGUAGUAUUUUUAGUGCAAUAGAUAAGGGGAUUUUGAUUUGUUCAACAGACAAUUUCUGGUUAGAAAUUCAAAAGUUCAGUUCAAGAUCUUUGGAAAAAUCUUUACUGUGGGAAGCUACUUCUCCUUCGGGAUGAGUCUGACCUUAAUCCGAUGAACCCUCUAUACAUAGAAAACAUUAAAAAGCCAAUGGCGUUUAAAGUAAGGAAUUUUCCACCUUUAUUUUUUUAUUUCUUAAGUCAAACACACAACCAUAACUUAUUUUUAUAAUGUUUGAUCUUAAACCUAGUGCUGAUAAAUGUUUAAAUUUAUAUCUUGUC